AUGUUCAAUUUCUAUAUAUAGUUCUCAUUCUCAUGAAUUUAUGACAGUGUGUGUAGUGUCGAAAUUAAUUAUUUUAGAUGGAGUCAUACAGGAAGGUUAUGAUUGUGGGGAUAAUGUUGUUGGCCAUUGCCAAUGCAAUGUUGUUGGUUAAUGGUCAGUCCUAUUGUCACAUGACAAAAUCAGGGCUUAAUUCAUGCAAGCCUUAUGUGAGUGGUGACAAUUCUGUUGAUGAUCAAAUUCCAUCCAAUGCUUGUUGCUCUGCUAUUUCCAAAGCUGAUCUUCAAUGUUUGUGUCGUUACAUGGAUUCAGGGUUGCUUUCUUUCUAUGGUGUUGAUCCAAAACAAGCCAUGGAACUACCUGUUAAGUGUAAGCUUAUGGACUCGUUCCAUUGCUAAGACUAUGUCCAUCUACAAUUACUAUGCAAAAGCUCUAGCUACUAGAUUAAUAAUGUAAUGGUUUCUUUUGCACUUGUUUUUACCCUGUUUAUGUUUUUCAUUUUUAGUAGGCAAAUGUUAGUCGUUAAUAUGUUAUGUUGAGUUCAAUCACUUGAACUAUUGUUAGGAAAACAUGUUUAUGUUUUCUUAUUUUAAUUUCAUUGUGUUGUUCCAAUGUUUGUUGUUGUGUUGUUCAAUAGUGUUGUUUAUUUUGCUUGCUUUUAAUUUAA